AUGACAUACCGUUUCCUUGGGAUUAGUAAAAUUCAAAUUGAAACACGUCUCACCGGGGACCAUGCUCAUAGUCAGCAACAGAUAUAUUAUAUCCUGUCAGUACCAAUCAAUGUAUCACCAGCAACGUACUUGGUAAAGCCGCUCAACAAGUACAGAGAGAAAAGGAGCAAAGAGAGUUUAGGAGAGAGGGUGGAACAUUUCUUAAUUUUCCAACUUCCUCCGCCUCCUCCUCCUCCUCCUCCAGUUCAAGCCAUAUUCAAGUUAACAGCGCCCGCUGCAGUUGAAGCAGUAGCAACUAUAAGAGGGUAG